GGCUGCUGGCGGCAGGGGAACUGAACACGUCCUCAUUAAUGUGCGCGAGACCCCGCGGGCUCUUCACGAGGACACCCGCGCAUCACCCGGGACUCUCAACUCGUACGGCGCAUAUAUAAACUGUUCCGCUGUCUGAACAAUAACUUUCGUUGUUAUUCGCGUUUGUUAUCUGGACCUUUAAAUCUGCUCCCGUGACGUCAGCGCCGCCGGUGUUUAAAACAACGUGCAAACUGAGGCAACGUUUGUUAUGAAUUUUUUUCCAACUUCAGCUCAAGCACGUUAUGUUCGUGUCAUGCUGCGGUCUGUGGUGGCUUUAGUGUAAAGAGACGAACAGAAACAGGAAAAGGACGCUUAUCUCCAGUUGAUGGAAGAUAUUGGUGAUAAACUGAUGACCCGCCGCGGGACUGCAGCUUUCUCUGUGCAGGACACUCAUCAUGUCAUUUACACAGUUUGGUUAUUCAUACCCUGCAGCACCACAGCUUUUAAUGUCUUCUAAUGCUCUGAGCACCUGCUUUGAGUCUAGUGGUUCUCUGCUAGACUCUGGAGUGCCGACUUCUCCUCAAAACUCACUUUACUGCCCCGUGUACGAAAGUAGGCUUGUGGCCUCCAGCCGGCAUGAGCUGAUCCCUACUGCGGUCUAUGGCAACUCCUGUUCAAAAAAUCAUGUUUACGACUCCUGCAGCACUUACGGUCCAGAUUCAGCCGCAUGCUAUCCUCUGGGUAAACUCAAUGAGAAAGAUGGAGUGCAAACUGGACAUUCAAGAGUUACCCAAAGCUCUGCAUAUUAUCCCUACGACUACCCAAUUGGACAAUACUCAUAUGAUCGAUAUGGAUAUGGAUCUGUAGAUGUGGGGACAAGAAGAAAGAAUGCCACCAGAGAGACCACCAGCACAUUGAAAGCAUGGUUGCAGGAACAUAAAAAGAAUCCGUAUCCUACAAAGGGUGAGAAGAUCAUGUUGGCUAUCAUCACUAAGAUGACCCUUACGCAGGUCUCCACCUGGUUUGCCAACGCACGCCGGAGACUCAAGAAGGAGAAUAAGAUGACGUGGUCACCACGUAACAAGAACUCAGAUGAGAAGGAGUGUGACGACGACCAAGAAGAUCUGGAUGAAGCGCAGGAGGAGCCAAUAAAAACUGAACAAGAUUUCAAUGACAACCAUGGAAAGGACGAUACAGAUCAACUUCACAGCGAUCUGGAUGAUUUCGAUCUAGUGGAAUCGGAUGGCUCUGAGUGCGAAUCGAAACCAUCUUUUGUUGUGCACGUUCACUCAGAAACCAGCGACCACCCAGAAACCCACUUUAAAGAUGCUUUUCAUGAAUCCGUUACCGAGCUUACAAGAGGUGUCCACAAAUUUAGCGAAGACCGUCUGAGAGCACCUGCUGAGGAUCACCAAAUGGCAAAGUUUUACCUUCAACAAGGCCAAAAGACCAUUGAGACCAAGCCGAAAAUCUGGUCGCUUGCACAGACCGCUACAUCGUUAAACCAAGUCGAUUAUUCAUCAUGCAUGCAUAAACGAACAGCCUGCCCUUCUUCAAACUGUGACUCCGAUUCAGAAAUGACAAAGAGGAAACAAGAGUCUCCAGUAGCUACUCUGAGGAACUGGGUGGAUGGAGUGUUUCACGAUCCCCUAUUCAGGCACAACAACCUAAACCAAACUUUCAGCAACUCCACAGAGUUAUGGACUGAUGCCAUUUCCUCACAGAAUAACUACCAUGAACACUCAGGAACACCUAUUACUUCCUCUCAUGCUUAAUAGUGGUGUUUUUUUCAUACAUUUUGUAGCACCAUCACAAAAUUAACAUGUUAGCCAAUCUCAUUAGUUUCAUCCUGUAAGCUUUUGUCAUUUAAGAAAUCUUGAGAGUCAUGAACUUUA